GAUGGGGUUGUAAAAAGGUGGUAUUGGCCACUGGUGAAGUGUGUCACUGUCAGGGUGCCAAAUACAAAUUUUCUACAACAUGUCACACUGGUGGACCUUCCAGGAAAUGGGGACCGAAACAAAAGCAGAGAUGAGAUGUGGAAAGGGAUUGUUGGAAACUGUUCUACUGUGUGGAUUGUAUCUGAAAUCAACCGAGUACCAGCAGAAAGAGAAUCCUGGGAGAUCCUAAAAAGUGCAAGUAGACUCCUUGGAAACGGAGGGGAAUGUCGGCACAUCCACUUUAUCUGCACCAAGUCUGAUGUUACUGAAGAUUCACUUGAUGAAGCUGCUGUGUUGGAUUCUAUACUCAAAAGAAACAUGUCAGCCAAAGAAUCUGUGAGAAAAGAAUUCAACAAGCUAGCCAGAGUUAAGAAACAUUUCAAUGAAGACUGUUUCCAAGUGUUCACAGUGAGCUCCAAAGAGUUUGUCAAGAGGAAAUAUCUAAGUCCAGAAUACAACGAAAUCCCCAAGCUUCAGAAGUUUCUUCAAAAUCUCAAUGACUGUCACUCAGAAACAUCAAACUACUUGUCUGGAGCUAAUGGGAUUCUCUCUUUGAUUCAAGGAGCAUGGAAUAUGGGUGGAGAAAACAAAGAUGUUUGUAAAGACCUUGAGAGAAACCUCAGCCAACAAAGUGACUUGAUCAGAUAUGCAAUGAUGGAGAAUUACAAAACUUUUGAAAAGUGCCUACAAGAAGGAGUCGAAAUAUCCAAAGAUUCAUUGGAAAGAAUCUUGAAGAACUUUCUCUAUCCUCCAUUCUGCAUUUAUACAUUCCUUGUUAUUAUAAAUUUGUAA